AAUGGAUACCAAUAUCUAGUAAUGAGAAAUUUCUCUUCUUUUCUUUGUAUUUCUUGCGUGCAACAGUUCAUCUUUUGAUUUAGUUUAUAACAUUUACAACAUCUUUAUUUGUUUAAUUUUGCCAAUCAAACAUAAAAUCAAUCCCAUUUGACUUUAGGGAAAGAGUGCUGGGUCUGAAUUAGUAAAAAACUCUGUUUCUGUGGCUUUCCCUUUCAACGGGACGUUUCCUCAUUUCCAUCUACCAAGAAGAGAGAGAGAUUGUUGUAAUGAUCAGGAGAGCGAGAGAAAUCAAAAAUAGACGAAAGUGAUGGAAGGUUCAGAAAGUUCAGCUAAAGAUGACGGAGGAGGAUUGAAAGGAAAAUCAUGCAAAGGUUGUCUAUAUUACUCUUCCAUUCGCAAAUCCAAAUCUCGAAACCCUUUAUGUCUUGGCAUCACUGGAGCUCUUCAACAAGUACCUGAGUCAACAGUUGGAGGUUCUGAUACAGACGCUUCUAAAGAUGCUCGAAAUCUUACAGAAUUCAAGUAUGCUUGUGUUGGUUAUUCAGUGCAUUCACACAGCAAGGAUCACUCAGCUGACUCGAAAGAUAAACGAGCAGAAUUGCCUUUCUGUGUUGGUGUUGAGCUUUUGCUGGAUAAAAAACCUGCAGCUGCUGAGCAAGUUUCUGGCCAUGUUCACAACAAAGAAGGUAGUGAAAACUAUCUGGACUUUUUCUAUAUGAUCAUGGUCUUCCUCAGCCACGGCCAUACAAGCCAGAGAAACCACCACAUUCAACAGCUGAAGAAUUAUUAGGCAGGUUUGCUCGAAAUGCAGGUCUGGUUGCUUCAGGAGUGGCAAAGAACUUGCAUGAAGCGACGGACUACGUCAAGGACAGUUUCGAUGACAUGCUAUAUCCGUACCGAAGGCCUCCCAAGUAAAAACAUGGAAGCCAUCAGUAAUGUAUACAAGUAGAUCACAUAAUAAUGAAGUUCGUUGUGGGCGUGUUUGAAUCUAAGCCUCACAGUUUCCAUAUGUAUGGCUUCUGUCCUUUUUGACCUUGAAACUUUAUAGUGGUUUUUAUUUUCUUCCUGGAAUAAGGAAAUAAUAACCCCUGUUUCAAAAGGGAAACAUGUGUUCUCAAAUGGUUAAAAAAAAAUUGUGUUCUUAAAUCACUAUUUCUUAGUCAUUUCCCUAUGAC